AUGAAGACUUCAGUAGUUUUUGUAUUAAUCGUGCUGAACCUGAUGUGGUCAGGUGAGGCCCAGGAGGUAGCGCGUACGUAUUGCGGAUCUCACUUGGCGGAUACACUCGCCGACUUGUGCUUCGGAGUGGUGAAACGCGGUGGUGCUCAGUACACGCCCUACUUCUGGCAGAAGGCAUACUUGGGAUCUCGCGGGAAACGCGGCGUAGUGGACGAAUGCUGUUUCCGGCCUUGCACACUUGACGUUCUCGCAUCGUACUGCGGAUAG